UUUCUUACUACUUGAAUUAGUUAACAUCCUUGAGUUUCUGAUAGUAAACGUAGUUUUAUUAGUUUAUUAGCAAAACUGUAUUUUUAAUAUAGCAAAAUUGAAAAUUAUCAUUUUACUAUCAUGACUAGUGAGAGGAGUGUCUCAAUAUGGAGAGCAGAUCGUGGUACGAUAACGAUGUGCAUUGCCGAAAUUCUUGGAACGGCAAUUUUAAUGUUUUUGGGUUGUAUGGGUGGCAUUGGAACUUUGAGUGCGACGCCCCCUCCGCCAAUGCAAAGUGGUUUGACUUUUGGCAUGACCGUUAAUCUAAUUAUUAUGAUGCUUGGACACGUAAGUGGAGCUCAUUUAAAUCCUGCUGUUACAAUUGGAGCUGUUAUAUGGGGACUUAAAUCCAUUCCUACAGGAUUAUUAUACGUAGUAGCACAAUUCAUUGGAGCUACAAUUGGAUACGGAAUGUUAAUGAUUGUUACACCUUAUAUUUUGCUGGAUGAUGGCAUGCCGAAUUCGACAGCACCGUUGUGUGUGACAGUCAUUCAUACAGGAAUUUCUCUUACUCAAGCCAUUUUAAUUGAAACAAUUUGCACUGCAAUAAUUUUAUUGGCUGCAUGUGGUACUUGGGAUCCAAGAUGUGCACACACUACUGAUUCCACUGCGUUAAGAUUUGGGUUUUCUGUUUCUGCGCUUUCAUUUGCAGCGGCCCCAUACACCGGUUGUAGCAUGAAUCCUGCCAGGUCCUUCGCACCAGCUCUUUGGCAGAAUUCCUGGAAAGAUCAAUGGGUUUAUUGGAUUGGCCCCGUUUUUGGAGCACUACUUGGAACAUUGACCUAUAAAGUACUCUUCAGCCCUCGAACAAUGGUACUAAAAAAAAGUUCUAUGUCCAUCACGAAAGUGGAAGAUUUAGUUAAGAAGACUUGUGAUUCAAUAGAUGUGCUCUAAUUUUUAUUAUAAAAUCAAAAUAUACAAUAAAUUAACUUAUUUU